AUGACCCAGCAAUUCGCACGGUCAGCCGUUGGAGGCCUCGACAUGAACGCCCCCGGCCACGCCAACAUUGUCGCCCUGGUCGGCAUUAUAGCCGCCUUCACAAUUCUGCUGACCAUCAUCAUCACCGUGACUGGACGCUGGCGCAUGCGUCGCGGCGAGCGCCUGAAGAGGGAACGAGAGGCUCUCAAAGGUGAGGAGGCUGGACUGUUCCAGAUGAAGCCGUGUCCUGACCUUGUCAGGCCAAAGUCUGUGGUGUUGGCGCCUGUCCGUCCAGUUGUGGGCGUACAGCAGUGGAUGCAAUUCUUCUAUUCGGCUCAUGCCCGUGCACAGGGUGCAUGGGCUGGUCAGACCAAGGUAACUUCCACUUGA